UGCAAUACGAAAAACAAAAGGAGGAAGCAACUUGAGGAAAGCGUGCUUAGAUUGGAUCUCCGGCGAUACGACGGCGUUUCUCGAUGUCGGAAUCGGAGACGCCUCUCCGGCGAGCGAGUGCGCCUCUGCUAUACAAGCAGAAUUCGUGGUCGCCUGACAUCCUCCGCGACGAGGCGUGGGCGAAUCGCCGGAUUAAUCAGCGCCUCCGGCGCGGCCGCAGCGUCACCGAAGACGACCUGGAUGAGCUCCGGGGAUGCCUCGACUUAGGAUUCGACUUCGACUCGCCGGUUUUGGAUCCGAAGCUCUCUUCGACUUUCCCUGCGCUUCCGUUCUACUACGCGGUGAACAAGCGGUGUUCCAAUUCCCUGCCUCGAUCUGCUUCGUCGUUGUUCUCCGAUUCCGAAACUGCUUCUUCCUUCGCCGGAAGUCCUCCUUCGAUUAUCGAUCCAGGCGAAGAACCGAAGAUGGUGAAGGCGAGGCUUAGGCAAUGGGCACAGUUAGUGGCGUGUUCGGUUCGCCAAUUUUCGCCUAACUGAUGACGCAAUACAAUGGCUGCUGCUGAUUCACGACUUGGUAAGCCUCAAAACCAGAAAGCCAAACACACUCCACAAUUCUUCCUCUGCCCAACUCUUUCUUGUUGACAUCGCAACUUCUGGUAACUUUUUCUUUUUUGUUCUUCUGCUGCUGAUUUCAGUGGUUGAAAUUUGUACAAGUUUUGAUCCAAAAUCUGAACUUGUUGUAAUUAUAAUAUUCACAGAUUUCUGCUUCU